AUGAAUGUUAAACAAUCUAUACAAAUUUCUGUAUACAAACCAUUUAAAAAUCAGAAAACAUGUCAAUUAGGCAAAGACGAUUCGGAAUUUUUUUUUCAAUUAGCCAUUGAAACAUCAUUAAAAGUACCAGAAGAAUACAAUGAAAACGCUAAGGAUGACAUGUUAAUACAAUGUCGGUCUUAUUAUAAAAAUAAUCAAGCUGAAAUGAAUAGAAUAAAAGAUUUUGAAGAAAACUACCAAUCCAAUUUGGCUAUUUCAUGGUAUACCAAGGAUUCAUUUCUCUAUCGUAUAAUAAACAAAGCAUUACGAACAAAAAAUCUAUCUUUAAUAUACAAAUUUCGAUUUAUUAUUAAGGAUUUACAUAAUCAAUUGACAUUAGCACACAAUCAACAAUUUAUUCCGAAUUCAAAAUCGAUUACUACUUAUCGCGGACAAUUGUUGAAACUUGCUGAAUUAAAUACAUUACGAGAAAAUGUUCAAGGUAUUCUAAUGAUUAAUAUAUUCUUAUCAACAACAUAUGAUGAAGACGUUGCUCGUGUAUUUGCUGGUGAUGGUUCGACGAGUCCUUUUUUAGAAUCAGUUUUGUUUGAAAUGAAUAUACCGUCAACAACAACAAAAAUAUUUGCCAAUAUUAAAGAAUUUAGUAAUUUAAAAGAGGAAAAUGAAUGUCUUUUUACAUGUUGUACAAUAUUUCGUAUUGAUUCGUGUAAAAAAUCAGAAUCUAUUUGGCAUGUUCAAUUAACAUUGAUAGAACAUGAUAUAGAAAAUACAACUUUUAAUAGUUAUCGAUCGUUAGUUAAUAUUGAUCGAAUAAUACCCACAUAUUGGACGUUAUCGUCAAUUUUAUUUUAUUUAGGUGAUAGUGAAAAACGUAAACACUAUUAUCGUAUGACAUUUGGCAGAUUACCGAUAAAACAUCCUGAUUUUUUAGCCGAAUAUUUUAUGCAUGGAUUACACUAUAAAAGUUAUAAUUUAGCAUUAGAAUUCUGUAAAAAAGGAUUUGAACAAGAAUUGAAUUGUUCAUCAAAAUUAGAUUAUGAUACACUUUUCCGUUACUAUAGUGAAAUAGGUUUGAUCUGCAGUCAGACAAAUGGUUAUUCAUUAGCGAUAAACUAUUACAAGAAAGCACUUGCCAUUUGCUUGGAUGACAGUCAUUCAUCAAUCAGUUAUUGUGAUCUUGGAUGGUUAUAUGUUUGGAUUGGAAACGUGUAUCAUAAAAUGGGUGAAUAUAGGAACAUGAUGAACUAUUAUAAUAAAGGAUUGGAAAUUCAACAACAACUUUAUGGUAAUAAACAUAUUGAACUUAUUUCGCUUUACAAUGAUAUGGCAUUAGGGUACAUUGAACAAUUAGAUUGUGAAUCAGCAAAAACGAAUACAAUUAAAUCACUUAGAAUUUUAUUUCCAUCAUCAUCUUGUUCCAAAGGCUAUUAUUAUUUUGAGAGUACAUUCAGAAAUAUAUUGCAGAUUAAAAAAACAUUUGAUAUUUUACUUCGAUUUAAACACAAAUGUAUUCAACAACUAUGCCCCAUGUGCCGUGAAUAUACAAGAAUACAAAAUAAUGAUGGCUCUGCAAAAGAAGCUGAUCCAAUUGAAAGAAUGUAUUUCACGGAAUCGGAUAAAUAUGGUUAUAAACGAGUGCAACUUUCCGACGGACAAACAACAGGCAUUUAUGUUAGUAAAGAUGUCAAUAUAUAUGCAAGUCCAGAUUUAAAUAUGCAUAUUAACGGAAAAAAGAUUGAAAAUCCAGGUGAUUUUAGUCGCAAUCAACGCUAA